UCUAAUUAUAAUCUAGUUAGUAUUAAGAUUUGGCAGUUUGGUGAAUUCAAGACUGCCAAGUGCCAACGUCUAAAGGUUAAUUGAGAACCAAUCGUUCAUCAGCCAGACGUGGAUGUUAUAAACAUUAUAUCAUUAUGGACACUUUGUGGUAUUGUCUUUUGCUGUAUGGCAUAUUUUUGACACUUCAUGAAGUAAUCGCUGAUGAAUAUGAUCUUGAAGAGCCAACACAAUGUGAAGUUUGCAAAUAUUUUGUUACUGAGUUUAAAUCAAGACUGGAUGAGACUGGGAAAUCAAAAGAAGUUUUGCGUACAGGGCAUGGACUUGAUUCUAGAAAAAAGAAAGACAUUUCCUAUGCAACAUCUGAGUUACGGCUAAUUGAAGUAAUGGAUGGAAUUUGCGAAAAGAUUAUGGAGUAUAAUAUUCAUAAAGAAAGAAAAGGAAGUUUAAGAUUUGCGAAGGGAAUGAGUGAAACUUUCAAAACACUUCAUGGAUUACGAGAAAAAGGAGUGAAAGUUGAAUUGGGCAUUCCAGAAGAUAUGUGGGAUGAACCGUCUGUUGAAAUAAGCUUGAUGAAAAAGCAGUGCGAAAUGAUGUUAGAAAGACAUGAAGAAAGCAUUGAAAGUUGGUAUUUUAAUCACCAGAAGGAUAAAGCACUUCAAGACUUCCUUUGUAAAGACAUUGUUCUUGGCAAGAAUAACCAAGAAUGUCUAAGAGAAGUAUGGACUGGUAAAGAGACGAAAUAUGAUCAAGUUGCUGAUGAAGAGACCGCUAAAGAGAGAAAGAAAAGUAAAAAGAAAAAAGCAGCGAAGAAAAACCAAAAAGGAGAGUCUGACGAUAGUUCAAGCGACACAAGUGAAAGUGACAGUAAAACCGAAUCUAAAGAAGAAUUAUGAUAGAAAUUUAAUGUAGACUACACAAUUAAAGUUAAACUGGAGCAUUGUUCCGCCAAGAAGACAAAUUUAUAGAAAAGAAGCGCCAGUGUUGGCCAAUUUUUUAUACUGAACUGAAAACAACCUUUUUGUUAGAUUACAUGAAAUGUACGAUUAUGAUGAAAUUUUUUACGUUUUUGCUACAUUAUUCAGCAUUGUGGAUGUCAUAGUUCUUUCUUAUAUAGUUGUGAUAUGUGUGCUUCGGAAAUAUAUUUGUGCAAUCUGAAUGUUUGAUUUACGCUUAAGGGCCAAGUUUGUUAGGGGGAAGCCUUUAUUGGAAGUAAAAAAGGAUAAAAGUCUGCCAUGCGGUUGGAGAUCCAAUUUCACCGAAACCAACUAUUUAUCCCUGUCAUCUUAUAUGUAAAGCAUAUUUUCAGAUAGUGUAGUUUGUGACAUAUAUUGCGAUGUAAUUAAACAGCCGAAUAAAAUUCUGUAAUUUUCUUAAUAAUUCUAAUUCCGUUCACAUAUUAGUUUCAUGCAUUUCACUAUUAUUGCAAUAUUAGUUACAAAAAAUCAUAAAAUUUUAUGUGCAACUAUCCAAAGCAUUUUUGAACAAACUUUUAAUAAGGAAAGAAUAAUACAUAUAUGCUUUAUUCAAAAAACAGACGGGCAAUAAUUUUAUUUCAAAUUGGCUUCUAUCCUACUCAAAACAUUGGGGACGACUCGCCUCAUAUGAACCACUAAUAUAGAGGUAUUUUCCUUCUUUGAGACUUGAUGGACCGCAAGGUUAUACUGUUAGGGAAGAACGUAAAAGAAUCGAUUCAAAAUUAGUUUUUGUCAAAUCUACGUCUAAUUUUGUCAAAAUCUAAUUUCUCACAGUCCAGGUUUGGAAGUCUAUAUUUUCGCUAACCCAGAGUCAAUAGCCGAUUGUAAAUUGGCUCCCAUUCACAGCGCCACUCAGUAUCAGUUAUUAUAGAAUUACUUUCAUAUAACAUCCAUUUUUAGGCAUUGUGCUAUUUUCAAUUUUUAAAAUAAAAUUUUGGUAACAGUU